ACAACAGAACGGGCAUUUUCCCGAACUCUUUCGUUCUCCGAUGCUCUCAUCUCAAUUUAUCGUCUGCUUCAUAAUAUUUAUCGUAGUCAAAUAAGGACCAUUGCAGUUUGUUGGCAACAAUGGGGGUUAUAACAGAGAUGAAGUGAAAAGGAUUUUUCGGCUGCUGUUUAUCGACGGUGGUGAUACAUUCUGUUAUCUUUGUUAAUAGUAUAUAGGCAUGGAGCUGGAACGUGUGUGUCCGCUAUUGUUGGCUGCCCUGGUUGCCGUCUGCUAUAGCAAUUCUUUGAGUUGUGGGUUUGCUUAUGAUGACAUUGCGGCUGUUCGAGACAAUAGAGAUCUAAGGCCACACACACCUCUCACCAGCAUAUUCCUCAACGACUUUUGGGGAAUGCCCAUCAAAAAGGAAGGCAGUCACAAGUCGUACCGGCCUCUGACAGUUUUGACGUUUCGAGCGAAUUAUGCCGUCCAUGGCCUUAGGCCUUUCGGCUAUCAUCUGGUCAAUGUCCUGCUCCAUGCUGUUGUAUGCCUCCUCUUUUACAGAUUGUGCCUGCAUUUUUCGUCUGGGACGAGUAGUCUCGUGUCGUCUGCUCUCUUUGCCGUCCACCCCAUUCACACAGAGGCCGUGAGCGGGGUGGUGGGUCGAGCCGAACUUCUGUCUGCAGUUGCCUUCCUCUGUGCCUUACUUUAUUAUAUUCACAACAGAUAUCAACACAAAACAAAUGCCUGGCAAGAAUGCGGAAUUACUUCCAUAAUAGCAGUUUUAGGAUUAUUAUGUAAAGAGCAAGCUUUGACAGUACUAGCUGUCUGCUGUAUAUAUGAGAUUGUAAGCCCCAAAAAUCAGCGGCGAGUUCAGGGUAUACGGUAUCUGAUGCUGGGACGAGUAUCACCUUGGCUACGAGAUAAGCUGCUAAGGGUCUCCUUGCUUAUGACGGCCGCUGUUGGAGCUCUUUACUUUAGGUGUAAGAUAAUGGGACCUAAAAUAUUACCAACUUUCAGCAGGUUUGACAAUCCAGCUGCAGCAUCUGCAACCCCUACACGGCAGCUGACAUACAACUAUUUGUUGUCCGUAAACGCUUGGUUGCUGCUCUUUCCUUGCAACCUGUGCUGUGAUUGGACCAUGUCCUCCAUACCUCUAAUCACAAGCUUCUGGGACGCCAGGAAUUUGGCGACCGUUGCGUUUUACGUUUUUAUUUUCUGCGCAGCCCGCGCCAUCUUCAGGUUAGAAGAAGAUGCGAGAAUGUCCCUUAUUCUGAGCUUGUCUAUGCUGGUGUUACCUUUUCUUCCUGCGAGUAACUUGUUUUUCCCCGUUGGGUUUGUUGUGGCAGAGAGAGUGCUGUAUAUUCCAAGCAUGGGAUUUUGCAUGAUUCUAGCCCAAGGAUGGAGUAUACUUUGGGAAAAACGAGCAUAUAAGCAGUUGGCAGCCGUCGGGAUUCUCUUUCUUCUCACUGUUCAUGUUCUUAAAACGAUACGCAGGAAUGAAGACUGGCGAACUGAAUACACAUUGUACAGCUCGGCUUUGUCAGUGAACCAAAGAAACGCAAAAUUAUUCAACAACAUGGGCCGUGUCUUGGAAUCUCUUGAAAAGCAUGAAGACGCUCUGAAGUAUUACAAUGAAGCUAUUAGAAUACAGGCAGAUGAUGUUAGAGGAUACUUAAAUCUCGGACGCGUUUAUACUCAUCUGAGAAGAUACGAAGAGGCUGAAGACACAUAUUUAAAAGCCAAGUCCCUGUUCCUGGAUCCCGAGGAGACCAGGGAGCGUGAGGUGCGGGUCACCCCCAACCACCUACAACUGUUCCUUAAUCUGGCUUUCCUUAUCUCUCGAAACGACAGCAGAUUGGAAGAGGCAGACGCAUUAUAUCGAGAAGCUAUUACUCUAAGAUCUGACUUUACCAAUGCAUAUCUCAAUCGAGGAGAUGUUUUAUUGAAGAUGAACAGGACCAAAGAAGCAGAGGCAAUGUAUCAAAGAGCUCUAGAGUUUGACGAUUCUAAUCCUGACUUGUACUUUAAUCUUGGCAUAGUAUUGAUGGACCAAGGCAGAAAUAUGGAAGCUCUUGAAUUUUUUAAUAAAGCUUUGUUUAUUGAACCAGACCAUGAGAAAUCUCUGGAGUUUUCUGCUGUUUUAAUCCAUGAAUCCGGAAUGUCCAGGCACCAAAAUCUAGCAAGAGACAGACUCGAAAGAAUAGUCGAUCGAGGUAAAGAGACAGACCGCGUGUAUAUGAGACUUGGUUUGAUGGCAUUAGAUAGCAAAGAUUUUGUCAACGCCGAGCGAUGCUUCAAGAAAGCUCUUCUGAAGAAGCCGGACUCCCGGGAGGCAUUGUUCAACCUGGCCUUGCUUGUGUCGGAGCAGCAGAGGCACAAGGAAGCCCUGUCAUUCCUGGAGCAGCUCCUGCGACACCACCCAGGUCACAUCAACGGACUUAUCCUAUUGGCCGAUAUCAAUGUCAAUCACCUGAAGAACCUGGAUGUCGCCGAAGAGUGCUAUCGAAAAGUCCUGAAGAUUGAUCCAGAGAACCAAAAGGCUCUCCAUAAUCUUUGUGUUCUCCACUUUGAGCGUCAAGAUUUCGCCAUGGCAGAGCGAUGCCUCACACACACCUUGUCUCUUCACCCGACAGUGCCGUAUAUCCGACAGCACCUGCAGGUGGUCAGAAACAUUCUGAAGCAAGACUCGGAAAGUGUCUUCGGCCACAUGGCGGCCUCCCACCCCGUCAGCUGACCAACCCCCUACGCGUUCUUCCCCCGAGAGCUUUCUAUGAGUGAAGUACCUUCCUGCCUUCCUCAGAACUCUUCUUCACAAGACAGUUGAAGUUUUCGGAUCCGUCCUCUGAGGCGAAUUUGUGGACAUAACUUUGACGGAAUCUUUCUGAGGUUCGGAAAGAGGUAUAUCUUAGCACAUCCACCGAGAUCCUUCUUCAGGGCUUCUGGUUGAAGAACUUCAUAAGAUAGAUUGAAAGUCAUGGAUUACCUUGGCAAGUCGUGAAACAUGGAUUUAUGUCAAAGAGGAAUUUAUCUGCUUGAUUUAAUCUGUUCAUAAGGGGUUUUGGUUGAAAAGUUUCAUAAACUGUUUCUGGAUAUCAUGAAUUAUCUUUAUGAGAUCUUCAGCGUGAGUUUAUAUUGGUGAAGAAUUUAUUUCAUUCAAAUCUUUUUAGUCGAAGAGCUUUACAUGGCCAUGGAUUGUCUUGGUAAAAAUCAAUGUUAAUUCAAGCCGUUGCUGAAUUUGUGCAACAUUGUUUGGUUAUUCAACAGAGACAAAUGGUCCCUUAGCAAAUGAGUGAAUUAUUAUCUGAUAUAAUUGAGUCAGAGACUUUUCGUUCAAAUGCUCCCAAAUUAUAAAUAUACAAAUUAUAAGUGAGAAAAAAUACAAUCGGAGAAAUUCAUUGAAAAGAAAAGUAAGUCAGUUCUACACUGCUGUAGAAAAAAAUGAAGAAAAUUUGUUCUAAAAUGGACUUUAGAAUAUUUUCGUUGGAAGGGUCGAGGAUUGUUCCGAAUGCUUGCGGAAGUGCUGAAUGGAAUCGAGUUGAUUAAUCGAUAUUCACAUUUAGACUUUCAAGGUAUAAUAAUUUUAUCAAAUUCUAUCUCUUAAUAAUGCAUUCUUUCUCUUAAUAAACGAAAUGCAUUACAUAAAAGAAUCAACAUAUUCAAGAGAAUUUUCAUCAAAUUGUUUGUUAUAUCGUAGUACGAACUAUGAAGAAAUGAUUCAUUAAAUAAAUUUUAUAUCAUAAUUCAAAAACUGGAUUUGAAAGGUCCCAUUCGAAAGGUCUUUUCAGACAAAUCUUCAAGAAACUAAUAAGAAUUUAAAGCGAAAUUCUUAUCGGCAAUCAAGGUAUAUGUAAAAAGUAACCUAACGUAAUUGGAAUUAUGCACACAUGUUAUUCAUCAUAAUACAAAACAUUAAGUAGUAAACGAUUGUUAGAUGAUAUCAGACAAAAGCGAAAGUAAAAUACAAAAUGCUGCUUCUCCAUUGGUGCUAAAAGGUAACUAAAUUAAAUAUUUUGCAUCUCUUCUAUUAUGGUAUGCAAACAAAGUAUAAAGUUUAUCGUAAUUUUCCGAUAUGUAAAUACAAUCAAUAAAAUUGAUUUUUUUAGUUUAAUAUCGAAUGGUAUGUUCAGAAUGAGACGAAUUUCCUAAAAUCACGUUCAAUUUGUGUUAUAAACGUUCUGAAAAGUGUGUUUCGCUGAAGAUCUAUCAAGUUUCGAUUUACUGUGAUGGACAAUGUCAAGAGACUUUCAACAAAACUUGGACUUGUAUAGUUUUAAAACUGUCUUCGGGAAUGGGAUGGAACCUUUAUUUGCACCCCCAUCUCCCACAAUCAUCUUCAUUUCAAAGUUUCACACAAGACGAACACACAUGUGCAAAAGUGUGUUUCACAAAUCCAUACUAUAGUGAUUUCAGACUAUCUUAUGCUCUUUCUAAAUCAGUUUCAUCAAAAAGAAAAAAAUAAUUCAUAUCCUACUUGAAGAGAAACCGGUUGUUCACCUUAACUAUUGAUUAUCAUUGUAUCUGCAUGGGUAUAUAACAUUUUUUGGAGCAUCUUCAUAUUCCACUGCAUUCACGGAAUGAGUGGCUGACUUCUUUUUCUACACAUCUGCAUUGCUUUCCCAAGUCAACUUUCGAACACUGCACGGUUACAACAUAUUUUGUGAAUUUCUAUCGUAUGUAGCCGAAAGUGUAUGGAAGUGACUUCUUCCGCUGUGACGUGUUUUGCAUCUUAUUCCGAUUCACAUGUGGAGUGGUGACCAAAAUUGUGACUGUUUUUGCAAUUCCUAGUGUUCUCAACUUCGUAUUUCACCACUUUAUCGAAUGCUAUUUCAGAAUGUAUACAUUUUAUUUAUUCAUUUUCUAUUUUUUACUUAACAUCUAUGGACGAUCCAAUAGCAGUAAGUUGAUUAAGUAUUGCGUUAAAUGGAGUUUAUUUGCUAACUGAGAACGAAAGCAGCAGAAGAUACAGUCGCAGUUAUAAUUCAAAAACUUCUAAAUUGUUAAUUAUUAAAAAUUCUUAAUUCUACAACCAUUUAUUUGACGCAGAUUCCGAAAUUACUUUUCAAACAUCCAGAUAGUAUUCUGUUUCCGUAUAUUUAAAACAAAUUUUAACUUCUUUAUUCAUAGUUUUAAGAAAAUCACCGAAUUUCUCAUGCUUGAAUUUAUAUUAUAAAUUUAUAUAUAUUUUUGACACCUUCAUUUUACAGGCACUUUUCAAUUUCAUGGAAUUUUUUUAAUCGUAAUAGAAAACUAAUUUGAUGGACAAUAUUGAACAACAUAGUACAAUAUUGUACAAAAUUUUAUAAUAUCGCAUGUAAAAUAGCAAGUUUAACGUGGGAAAAUAUCUAAAAAUACAAUAUCACAUGAUAUAGAGUAGUAACCAUAAAGCUAUAUAAUAUCCUACAAAAUAAUACAAAUUGUUUAAUAUUGAAAAAUAUCAAAAUAUUGUCUUCAUUUAUAGUAUAUAAAUAAUGUAGUAAAAUACCAUAUAAUCUUGAAUAACAUAGAAGACGAUCGUAUAAAAUCUCAUUCUAUCUGAAAAAUAUAGAAUUUUAUAAAGUUUUUAUUUGUUUAUAUAUUCACUUUAUUUUACAUAUAACAGGAAUAAUUUAUAGAUUAAUGUUUGAUUUAUCGAUUAACUAUUGUAUUAAACUUUAGAAUUAAUUCAUCAUAUAAUCAUUAAAAAUGCUCAUCACUUUGUUUGAAAUGAAAAUAACUUUAUAAUGAAUUAAACAAAAUGUUGCACACACGUUUGCAAUUAAUGUGAAAUGUCAUUCGACAAGCAAAGCAACGUCUCAAAAACUGUCCACCAUUUUGGUCGCCAUCGUAACCUUUUUUCUCUUUGUCAUUUUUCACACGCCUUACACGAUGAUGAUAUAUUAUCUUUCCGAACGAUGUGUGAUGGUGUUAUUUUAGAACGACGAUCUAUUUUAUAAAUUUGAAGAACGAUGAACUAUAGCUCGAAGAUGAAGAAUUACCAUAAGCUUCCAUUGUAUUACAAACAAACUAGUCAAAAAAUACAGAGCAAUUUCUUUUUAGGUUCAGAACGCUGUGGUAGGAAAACGCGGGAUUUGACCAAAUAGUAACAUAUUUAGAAAGUAAUACAUAAAAACUAUUAAUUAAAUUUUUUUCGGAAAGAAUAUGAAUGGAAAUUUGAUAUUGUAGUUUCAAAAAGUGGAAGGCUUAUAUUUUGUUAACAUAUGGAUUAAUUAACCUGAACCAAAAUUUUCAGUUUCUUAAUUUUUUUGCUUAGUAAUAUGUUCACAUUUAUGACAAUAUUCCAUACCUUCAUAUUUAUUUUUCUUAUUAAAUUUAAUUAUGGAAAUUUUUAUUUAUUAUAUACUUGAAAUAUUUUUUUAAAAUAUAGCACUUAUAUAUUCUUCAU